UCAGUCAGUGUUCGACCUGCGUCAAUACACGAUGAAUACCUUGGGGAACUUUUACUGUUUCGGUUGUAUUUUGGUAAACGUUCUAGCGCGCAUUGCGGCCCAUCAAUUUGACGUGGAUAACGCAAUAUUGUACGAGGACCCAACUCCUGUUACUGAAAAUUCCCGGGAGAACUAUUUCGGGUAUUCAGUAGCUCUUUGGAACGAAGAUUCCAAAGCGUGGAUUUUUAUCGGAGCACCCAAAGCCAAUUCAUCGCUCUACGAAGGAACCACCGAGACAGGAACUGUAUUCAGAUGUCCGAUUGGUCAAAAAUGCACGGAAUGGCCUAUAGACAAGCAUCUAGUAAAAACCGAGCAGCGUCAAAACGGAUCUUGGCUGAGUGGCACAAUGAUCGUACAAAAUUCGAACCCUCCAAAGCUUUGGGUAUGUGCCCCACAGUGGAUGGAUGAUUCAGAUCCAGACGAAACGACAGUGCCUAUGCACGGCAAGUGUUAUAAGGCAUCUGUCGAAGAUGUAAAUAAGAAUGAACCACAAGGGAAGAAUAUCAAACUAUUAGAUCCCCCCAGGGAUUAUUAUAAUACCGGAAGUCAGAAACAGUUUCUUCACUUGCUGGGACAAUGUGGUUUCUCCUUACAUGUCACUCAAAAUGAGUUGCGGCAUAAACUUGUCUCGGGUUGUCCGGGGGUACGGGCUGCGCAUGGAACAUCGAUAAUUGAGGACUACUCCGAAUCCAGCUUCAUUGUUCCAAACGCUGCCGACGACCUCGGGAGAUAUUCCGAUCAAUUUGGAUAUGCGGUAACAUCGGGUAUAUAUUUUGAUGAUGACGAGCAUAUUGACGUACGUGGCGGACCAAGAGGCAAUAAAUUGCUUGGCGAGGUCCGUCUAUUCCAAUUUCCCUCGGAGACUGACGAAAGUAAGACAGUAGAGAGUCUUUUGGAUCUAAAUGGGGAGCAAAUUGGCGAAUAUUUUGGUGCCACGUUGGCUUCUUGCGAUAUUGAUGGUGACAACAAACAGGAUAUAUUGGUGGGCGCUCCACACUGGUCGAAAAAUAUAGAGGAACUCGGACGAAUCUACAUAUACAGACAAGGUUACGGAACGUGCUAUAAAAAUGUCAAGCGUUGCGGAUUCAAAAAAUUGGAGCACAUCGCUGGGAAAAUUUCUGGAGGAAGAUUUGGCACCGCUAUUACUUGUCUUGGAGACAUAAAUUAUGACGGCUUUGCAGAUGUCGCUGUCAGCGCUCCGUACGAUGGGAAUGGAGCCGUUCAUAUAUAUUAUGGUAGCAAAAACGGUCUUGACUUGGAUAACAGGCGUAGAAUCUCCGGUCCUGAGAACACCAAAGGGUUUGGUUUUUCGAUCUCGGAAGCAGUUGACAUCGACGAUAACGGAUACGUCGACAUUGCGAUCGGAGCUUAUUUGUCUGGUCACGUGAUGUUGGUUCGAUCUAACAGCGUUGUAAACCUGACUGUUAAGUUGUCCAGCAAUCUGACAAGUAACUCCGGUCUCAGACGAAACGCUGGGUUCCUUUCAUUGAAAGUAUGUUCCGUCUACGAAGGUGUACAUGCACCCCCAAAUAUUAUCGUGACUACGGAGUUAAAAAUCGAUGAUGAGGGUCAAAGAGCAAUAUUUUUUGACAAAGAAAUCGACGACCUAAGCAAAACAAUAUACAAAUUUAAUACUACCCUGAACGCCGCACAGGAAUGGUGCCACAAUUAUACAGUAAAAAUAAAAGAACUAGUGGAGCGAUUCCCCGAUCCGUUGAAAUUCUCGGUGAGACAGAAUUUGCCAAAACAUGGAAGUAAGACUGGGCUGUUGAAGGUGAAUGGUAUUUCUAAGGAUAGUGACAAUUUCUGUAAAUCUUGCGCUGUAUUGAACGAGCUUCGACCACCACCUGAGGAUCACUUGGAAGUAGCAUUUGCGCUGGAAUGCAACGACACGAUCGAAUGUUUAUCAAUUUUGUCGAUCAAUAUGACGACCAAUUGGAGCGAUGGAAAACCUUACGUGAUUGGUUCCUCAGAAUUUAUUGAAUUGGACGUAACCGUCAGAAACGACGGCCAAAUGGCAUUUUACACCAAGGUUAAAAUCUCUAUGCCAAGUUACAUUGAACUUCAUAAUUCCGCAUCAUUGAUGUACGACGAGGUAGAAACUGUUGGUGAAAUUCGCACGGUUACUUUUAACAUCUCCAAUUUUCUGGAUCAGAAUGAAACGGAAUCUAUGAAAGUAUACUUGAACGCAUCUACGCUGCGAACCGAUUUCGAGAUGAUAACCCUGAACGCAACAGCGGUAACGUCCAGCAACGAUACAGGGUCGGGAAACUACAUCGCUGAUCUGUCGAUUAGAUAUGUAGUGCAAGCAGCCAUCGGAAUAGCAGGGGCGUCAGAAGAGGCUUUGUAUCCUUACACGUUGAGCGGACCUGCGGAAGAGUUGCCGAAUAUAUGGUUCCGACACACCUUCGGAUUGAGGAACGACGAGAUUACUCCGAUAAGUCUAGCGCUGCUCAGCGUUUCUAUUCCAACGCAUUGGAUCGCGAGUGGCGACAAAGAGGUCGAAAUUGUCAGACUGAAUGAAAUGAUGGGCGGAAUUUCAAAGCCGGGGGAGGAUAUCGACAGCAAAAUCCUACGACAAGAUACGAAUGAGCCCUUGAGCAGCGAUGCGACCACGAUGAGCAACUGGCUUCCCAAUGAUAAUUCUUCGAAAACAAAAAACCAUUUCAUAAAUUUUAACGGAAAAGUACUCGCGGCUUCUGCAGAGAAUAGAACCCUCUACAUGAAUUGUACCAAUCCGGCGUUCAAGUGCACAACCGUCAGUUUCAAGUUUGGACCAUUGGAAUUGAAACGGACCACAGCCGCACUUGAUCUCCUCCUCGAGAUGCUCUUCUCUAACAUUAAACCUGACAUAAUCGGAAAGAAGGAUAUUAUAUUGUUUGUUACAAAUGCCAGUACGAAAAUUCUAACGCCACAGACUCAGUUAAUUGCCAAUAUGAAUCCGGUUUCGAUGAUGGUUGGCACACAGUUCGUUGGAUCACCGCAAGAUCAACAUGUAGCUAUGUGGGUUAUAGUAACGUCGAGUUCUGUGGGACUACUACUUCUGUUAUUAAUUGUCCUUGCACUCGUGAAGUUGGGUUUUUUCACGAGAACUAAAAAGGCAAAACUCGAAGCUUUGAAGCAACAGAAUGGCGCGUGUCCCAAACUUGUUUUAAACACUACAUCGUCAACAGAAGCUUUGGACCAGCCGUAUUACAUAAAAGAGACAAAAAAAAAGAAGGCAAUUUCUUAGAUUCUUACACCGGUAUUAUCCCUUAAAGAAAGGUGAUUCCCUGGUUUCGUCGCGGAUUAGAUAAUAAAAAGUUGUCCGUCCGAAUUCUUGGUGCGUCGGAAGAAUAUGAAAAGAAAUGGUAAAAAUUUUUUAAUCCAGAUUACAAGAUAUUAUUAUUAUUACUAUUAUUACCAUUAUUAUUAUUCAUUGUGAAAUUUUUCCACCUCAAAAAAGAAAAAAGUGCCCCCCCCCAGAGCUAUUUUUUUUUGGUCAAGUGUGAUGCUGCCUGUGUCCUCCUGGCACCUUAGUCAGUACCAGCCAAGAGUCCGAACACAUAAACCUUCGAGCGCUAAGCCAUCAUUUGUACCGAAAACUAUAUCGAAUAAAACCUGGUUGAAGUAUAA